CAUCUGACAUUACGUGUGACAGCCUGAAAAUAUAUGUUAGCUGUAGGAACUAUCCCUUGGUAAAAUCUCGGAUAGGAAUCUACCUACCUACUCUACCUAGGUGCUUAGUGACGUAGAGGUAGUGAUAGUGAGUGAGCCACUCACUCAUCGUCAAAGUUAUAAUAAAAAUUACGAAACUAACAAGGACAACUUCUCGUACCUCUAACUGCCUAGAUUAAAUACAAAUAGUGUAUUUCUACAAUGAAUUGUUGAAUGAGAAAAUGAACUUGAAACGAAAUGUCACAUAGAAAUUAUACAGUUAUUUUGUGAUCAUCGGUGACCAAGUCGAAAAUUGAAAGGUACAGGACUAAACAUGGGGUUGGAGGGAAGUCGGCGCGAAGCGCUAGUCGUAUGCGGACUGUGCGCGGCGUGGUAUACAGUGAGCUCAGCCUCCAACGUGGUGGGCAAGCUGGUGCUGACAGAGUUCCCGUUCCCGGUGACCGUAAGCAUGGUGCAGCUGCUGUCGAUCGUGGUGUACUCGGCGCCCGCGUUCCGCGCAGCGGGCGUGCGGCGGACGCCCGACUUCCCGCGCCGCUACUUCUGGCGUGUGCUGGUGCCGCUCGCCUGGGCCAAGUUCUUCACCACCAUGUUCUCCCAGAUUUCCAUAUGGAAAGUGCCCAUCUCAUAUGCUCAUACAGUGAAGGCGACGACGCCGCUGUGGACGGCGGGCCUGGCGUUCGUGCUGUUCGGGGAGCGGCAGCCGCGCGCGGUGGCGGGCGCGCUGCUGCUGAUCGCGGCGGGCGUGGCGGUCGCGUCCGCCACCGAGCUGCAGUUCGACGCGCUCGGCCUCGGCGCCGCGCUGGCCGCCGCCGCGCUGCUGUCGCUGCAGCAUCUGUUCUCCAAGCGCGUGAUGCGCGACACCGGCGUGCACCACUUGCGGCUGCUGCAGCUGCUGGGCCGGCUGGCGCUGCUGCUGUUCCUGCCCGUAUGGCUGUGGCGCGACGGCACCACGCUCUGGCAAGAGGCCGCCUGGCUGCACUCCGCCCACAGGACGAUGCCCUUACUCGCUUUAGACGGCCUACUGGCGUGGCUGCAGGCGGUGGCGGCGUUCAGCGUGCUGUCGCGGGUGUCGCCGCUGGCGUACGCGGUCGCGUCGGCGGCCAAGCGCGCGGCUGUAGUGGCCGCGUCGCUGCUGGUGCUGCGCAACCCCGCGUCCGCCGCCAACCUCGCCGGCAUGGCGCUGGCGGCGGCCGGCGUGCUGCUCUACAACCGCGCCAAGCUGCGCGCCCGCUCCGACCUCGCCACGCCGCUGCUGCCGGUCUGACCGGUGCGCGGUGCCGGCGGCGCCGUUUGUAUAUCUAUCCUACAUAUUAUGUUUCAGAGUAUACAUCGGUUUACAAAUGAAAUGGUGAUAAUGUAAAUAUCGAGAUUGUUACCAACGUUCGGUAAUUGUUUAUAUAAAUUUUGUAAUUUCUUUGGAUUUCUUUUUAUUUUCGAGUGGGUUGACCCUCUCGAUUUAGUUCUGCAGGGGUGUUUAAAUAUAUGUUAGAAUAAUAAAAAUAAUAAUGUAUUAAUUUAUGAAAAAUAUGAUGAACCACUUAAAGCUGAAUUGUUUUAGGUAUACCAUUGCCUUAAUCUUAUAACUAACUUCCGGUUCCAGGUAUAAGCAAAAAUUAGUCUGAUUGAUGAUGAAGGAUUACCUAGUUAGUUAACUUUACCAGACCUUUGGACAUACCAGAUUAAUGGUUGGAUAUUAGCAAUGAAAAAUAAUCAUUUUCAAUAAAAAAUAAUCAUAAUGCAAGACUUAUUAGAUUACAAGUAAUCUUAUGUGUUAUCAUGAUUAACGUUCUGCUUAGCGAGUAGGAACUCUCCCAACGAAUCUAUUUUAUUUUCUUCAGACAGGUGUUGCGCAACGACCACAGCAUUGGUGGCCAACAUUACCUUAGAAGUGUUUGUUGAUUUGCACUAAUUUAAGUGCUAGUAUUAGAGGGCUCGAUUCUGUGGAGUAUGUUCUGAGACGGUUGUUGGCUCUGAAAAGUCCUGGCCUCGUCUGGGCUGGGUGACCUCUCAUGAUGAUUAAAUUGUAAUUGUUGAAUGUAGUUGAUAACGCCCAACUCUGCCUGAAUUUUAGUUGCUAAUGCCUGCCUAACAUCAAAGGGAUAUAAGUACUUGGAUUCGGAAAAUCAAUUACUUUUGUUAAGAAAUUAGCAUACCACAGAACUUGCUUCCACUUGAUAUUUAUCAGUACAAUAUUCAACAGUAUGGGUUUUAAAUACUUAUUUUUACUCAUUGUAGGUAAUUACGAGAAAACUAAAGUCAAAGUGAAGGAGUUUAUUAGUUAGAUAUGAUGCAGAAUAGUUGAUUUAUUUAGGUAUACUUUAUACAUAUAAUAUAAUUAGACAAAUAUAAGUUAAAUACGAACAUAGUUCGUAACAGCAAUGUGAAUUUACAUACCAAUCUAUGUAUAGAAAUAUUCUGCCUAUCUGUUUUGUUAUUUAGUUUUGAGUGCACGUGUUCCUGUCAACGCACGCGCAUAAGUCCAUUUUUCAAUUUUUUUUUUUUAUUUUUUGCGUCUCAUAGAAUUCCUAAUACUCUCCUAGGUACUCCUUGAAAUGACACUAAGUCCUAACUGCAAGAGUCUCGCAGUCUUGUUCUUGCUCAAAUAUUUCACGGUCAAUCUUGUUCUUGGUCUUGCUAAAAUUAGGCGGUCUUGGUCUUGCGAAAAUGCAAGGAACAAGAUUAGGACUGCAAGACCAAGUUCCAAUUUUGGGCAACACUAAUAUAUAUUUUCGUGAAAUAUACAUGUAGUAAUAGAGAUUGUUUUUUUAGUUAAGAAACUUUGUGGAACACUUCAGUGUUCCACAAAGUUCGCUUCAGUUCAAACUAAGUUUACAUGUUCACAUGUAAACUUAGUGUGAACUGAAGCGGUGGUGGUCAGUGGCCGCCUGUGAUUGAAAGUCCUAGGUUCAAAUCCUACUGACGCCACAUGAGUUUGUAUAUCAUACUAAUCUGACUCAUCAUUUUUUUAACCUAGUUUUAAAAAUUUGUUUUUUAUAUGUUGUUUAGUAAUAGUUGUAAUCCGUUGUGUGUGAUAAUAAAAUAAAUGAAUAAACACAUUCAAAACAAGAAAUUGCAAGUUGUCGCAGUUUGUGUUUAGAGCCAAUAAGCUAAUUUUCUAUUAUUAUUUCAAGUUACUAAUGUUUGGAACCAACUAGUAGUUGGAUUAACAAUCUGUUCAAUUGAAACUGAGGCGAAAAGAAACCUAUUUAUUUGAAUCUACAUAUAUAGUUUGUUACAAACAGUAUAAUUUAAAGCCAGUAUUGUAAUAAAAAUAUAGAUAAAUUAUUUUUACAUUUGUUUUUUAUAAAAUAAAUUGUACUUAUAUUAUGUUUUUCA